AACAUCAUAUCCCAUAAUGCAACGCUUUGUGUUCGCAUGCAACGAUGGCGGCUUCCACUGUCAAUGUGGGCAGUAUGACAGGACCGCUGGAGAACUAUUUGUCAGAAUUUGGAUUUGAGAUAUACCCUCUAAAGGUCGGAUGGUAUAACUCUGUGCUGCCUCCCUCCCUGCACCUGUCCUACCCAGAUGACAGACUGGCCGUGGUGGUGCUCAGCACUCCUUCCAUGUUUGAACAAGCCUUUCUGCCCUUCCUGGAGGAGAGGGGCUGCCACGGGCUGUCCGACCCCAUAGACCAGUGUGUCAAACACUGUGUCUCUACUGCUGUCACCCAAUGUUUUCCGGAACGGAAGGUGGAUGUGAGGUACGACUACGAGCUGCUGCCCAGCAGGAAGCCCAAGUUCUUGGCACAAACUGCAGCUCACGUUUCUGGAGCAGCUUUCUACUAUCAACAGUCGGAUGUCAAAGACCAGCCCUGGGGUGGAAAAAAAAUGUUUGGAGUUUGUGUGCAUCCGAGGUUCGGAGGCUGGUUUGCCAUCAGAGCCCUGCUGGUCUUUGGAGAUGUGACUGUGGGCUCUGAGAUGGUGCAGCCACCUCCUCCUGAUUGUGUGCCUUCCAGAGAGGCCAGAAUACAGCUGCUGGAGGCUUUCAACUUUCGCUGGCAGGACUGGAGCUACAGAGACAUUGUCCCCCCAGUCCAAACCUACUCACAGAAGCAGAGGGACUACUUUUCCAUUGCUCCUGCUCAGAGGAUUGCUCUGCUGAAGAACUGGGGCUUCCUACCGAAGGAGAACGAUGAGCCGGAUCCAACCUCGGGCACACAGGGCUAGGUGAACGCCCAUGGUUGAAAGAGAAGAAGAGCUGCAGCGUGGAAGCACUGUCCAUCCUCUUUGAAGACAAACCUCCACUGCUGGACAGGUUUUUAAUAAAGCUUUGAUUCAACUUUGAUCAGUCCAAGAUCGAAUGUUGACCCAAGCUUGAAAAGCUUUGGUGAAAGGUAUUUUAAGGUAGAAGGGAUACUUCCAUGUGAACAUUUACUGCUUUAUGGCUUCUAUAAGAUGGUUUUCAUCUUAUGAUCACACUACAGAGAAUAGGCAGCUCCUCUCAUGGUGUCAUCUCUUGGAAACCUCAACAGUCUCAAAUGUGUGUAUGCUUUACAUGUUAGGGCUGUUGUUUCUCACUGUGAGAGUGUAUUUCAACUAAAUAAUCUGAAGAAUUAAUGCACUUUGUAUCCUUGCUGCUUGUGUCAUACUUUAACACUAACUGUAGACGUUCAGUAGCAACAGGACUUGUGGGCUUUGAGAAGCCCCGUAUCACCAGCCUGCCUUGAUUUGUCAUCUGAAUCUUUAUGUGCUGUACGAGAAUAAGCACUCUUGUCUUUUUAUUCAUUUCUUGAAAAUUUCUUUUUAGUUUGAUAUUGAAGCCUAAAUGAUGAAUAAAAAUAACACAUCAAUGUAUGGCUCAAUUGAUCUGAUUUAACAAGUGCUCAAAGCGGUCAAGUAACAGACCAUUGUGGGAAAAUUAAGCAUAUAAUCAAAAUGAGGAAAUUGACAACCACAAGGCUACCGACCAAAACCUUAAAGGAUUAGUUCCCCAUCAGCCC